AUGGGUAUCGUUGUUCUUCUUGUUUAUGUGGAUGAUAUUGUCAUCACUGGCUCUGACUUGGAGGCAAUCUCUGCAAUUCAGACUUUGUUGCAUUCUACUUUCCACAUGAAAGAUCUUGGUCAGCUCACUUAUUUCUUGGGUUUAGAGGUCCAUCAUCACCCUCAUGGUCUCUUCUUGCAUCAGCACAAGUACAGUCAAGAUCUGGUUCAGUUAGCCGGCCUCACCAACACUACUUCCGUUGACACUCCCAUGGAACUUAAUGUGAAAUAUCGACGUGACGACGGGGAGCUUCUUGAGGAUCCUACUACCUAUCGGAAGCUGGUUGGUAGUCUUAUCUAUCUAACCAUCACCCGACCAGACAUCUCUUAUGCUGUUCACACUGUCAGCAAGUUCAUGCAAGCCCUGAGGCAUCACCAUCUCUCUGCCGUUCGCCGCAUCAUUCGCUAUAUUCUUGGCACACCUAGUCGUGGCUUGUUCUUCCCUACAGGUUCUUCUCUUCAGCUUCAGGCCUAUAGUGACGCUGAUUGGGCCGGUUGCCCAGACACCAGGAGACCUACUACUGGCUGGUGUAUGUUUCUUGGUGAUGCCCUUAUCUCUUGGAAAUGCAAGAAGCAAGACCACGUCUCCAAAUCAUCUACUGAGGCAGAGUAUCGCGCCAUGUCUGCUGUGUGCUCCGAGAUCAUUUGGCUGUGUGGUCUCCUCACAGAGCUUGGGUUCAAUCCACUUCAUCCUACUCCACUGCAUGCUGACAACACAAGUGCCAUCCAAAUUGCAGCCAACCCCGUCUAUCACGAACGCACCAAGCACAUCGAGGUUGACUGUCACUCCAUCCGAGAAGCCUAUGAUCAUCAGGUUAUCACCCUUCCACAUGUCUCCACUACUCUGCAGAUUGCCGAUAUCUUCACCAAAUCCAUGCCACGUCAGCGCCAUCAUUUCAUCGUUAGCAAAUUGAUGCUUGUCGAUUUCCCAGCAUCAAUUUGA